AGCAUCUGCAUCUACAUCCGCACCGCACCGCCGUAGCCAUGACCGUGAUCGCCAACGUUCCCAUCUCGUCCGACUAUGGAUAUGUCAUCCUUGUUGCUGGAGCCUUCUGUUUUAACCUCUAUACCACCGGUGUCAGCGUCGGGUUCCAGCGCCGCAAGCACAACAUCCCCUACCCGGAUAUGGGCUGCGGUCCCUAUGCUAACAAGCUCGAGCUGAAGGAUUGGACCGAGUUUAACAACUACCAGCGAGCUCACUACAACUACAUUGAGAGCUUUGGCAUCGUCAUGACCUCGCUCCUGGUCGGCGGUGUUUUCUACCCCAGACUCCAGGCCGCCCUCGGUGCAGCCCACUUGGUUGGCCGCAUCCUGUACACUUAUGGCUACCAGAAGAGCGGCCCCCAGAGCCGAUACAAGGGCGCUCUGCUCUUUUAUCCCGGCUUCCUCGGCAUGGUCGGCGUCUUGUUCUACAGCGGCGCCAAGCUUGCCAUUGGCUUCUAAGCAUCGACAGAGAUCCUCAACCCGAGCGGCGCAUUGCUUCCAUUAGACGAAGCGUGCGAUGCACUGCCUGAGAUAUGGUCAGUCGGUAUUUGGCCGAUGCCUCAUCGGGGGUCUCCGUGGCCUCAUUCACAGCACACUCAUAUCCACAAUACAUUCAUCGUGUGGAGCAUCAUCCGAGCUGUGGUGUUUGGAAUAACCGGCAAACGCUGCGGUUGGGACCGGUACACAAGGGGCGACUGAAUACGAUCUUGCCAG